AUGUCAUCCUUAUUGCCCGAGAAAGCGGUUCACAGCCAUGCCAAUGGGUCAUUCUCGCAGUCUGCGAAGGUCAACAAAAGCGUGGCCCCAGCACUAGACCUAUCAAUUGGCGAGGCAGAAGAUGACUCUGACAUCAGGGCUAAAUACAGGCCAUUUAUCUUGGAUCACGAGGACACAGCAAGCGACUGGGUUUCCGAACUAGAGCUCGACACAGUUAUCGACUUGGCUCAGGCCAAUCUAGAAAUGACAGGCUCCCGACUCAAGAUUCUUGUUCUAUAUGGGAGUCAACGACAACGAUCCUAUUCCAAGCUGGCAGCAUUUAAGGCCGCUCGUAUUCUCUAUCGGCUUGGGUGUGACGCGCGCGUCUAUAAUCCUUCGCAGCUUCCUAUCCGUGAUUCCGUGUCGACGGACCACCCAGCCGUACAGGAACUUCGCGAGCUGUCACUGUGGAGCGAUGCACACAUCGACUGGAUCCCGCUAUCCACUGGUUCUGUAAAUGGCGGCAGUCAGUCCUUUAACACCGUCAACAGUCUUCGAAUUCUGGGUCGGUGGAUAAGGAUCAUCCCGACAGCGUUCAACGGUAAGGCUCGUUUGCUGCUAAGUGGCAACCGUGAUAGACUGGUGGACUGCAUGGAGGAGUUGGUUAAGUACACGAUUCUCAUGCGCCCUCAUCACGCACUGUUCGGAGACCGAUACAGCGAACGGAAGGAGAGCGCUGCCAAGGCGGUAAAGAAUUUUUCCAAUAACGCUGUGAAUUGA